AUAACUGAUUGUGCAGUAUACCUGUUAUAAACCGCAGCACUAACAAGUGCCAAAAAUUUGAAACGGGAAAUUUGAGCUUCUUUAUACAUUCAUUUGUUCAUAAUGGCCUCUCGCUAGGAUCUCUCUCGAUCAGGAAGAUCCCACUUUGCAGAAUCAGACACGGACAGACACGGGGCAAUUCAUGUGGUGCGGUGUAUGUUGCCGACUCCUAGGCCGACUCCUAUAUUUGUAUGAUACGUCGACGUGGGAGAAAGCGAGAUAGCGCAACGGCCAGCAAGAGAGCUGGAGAGAGUGAGAGCUAAUGCUAAAAAGUGUGACGACGCCCAAAACAUACAUUUCGGUCAGUGCUCAUUGUGUGUUCGUUUGCGCGCUCCCUUUGUGCAGAUUUUGCAAGCUACUCCGGUGAAGAGAUAGUAUUCUUGAUUCCCUCACCCCUUACUUCUUGUUGUUUAUUUCUCAAUAGCAGUUUUCGAUUUUGUGGAUAUUCGGAGCAUACCUGAACCUUCCCAUAGUUUCGCAUGAGCUGAGAGUGUAUGUGUGUGUGCAAAAAAGCAGAACAGGAAAAAGAUACCAGUGGCAACAAAAAAUAAGAGUUGAAAAUCUUUAAAGUUCUCUGAACUACAGUGUCAGACAACGACAAGCAACUCGAGACUGCGAAAGCCUGAAAAAAGUGAUUUUAAAUUUUGAACAACUGAGUAGCAGCAGCAGUCAACUGAACUUCUGUGGAUAUCAAAUAAUAUUUAUUGCAAGCCUUGACUUUUUGGCGUUUUUGUAUCAUCAACGACAAAGCUAAAGCAACGAAAUCAACCCGGAGAACGAAUCGAAUAUCCAUCAUCUGCGAGUUUUAAUUAUAGGUUCUAAAUAAAGCAGCACGUAGCCUCCAGAAGCCAUGGGUAAAGCACAGAGUAAGCGUUCGGUCGACAUAACCACAGAUCCGGCCAAGGACGGCGGAAUCACAGAGGGUACCGGUAAGCUAGAGAAAAUUGAAGAUGUUGAUCAGCUCAAAUCACAGGCCAACGGCGAUGCACAGCACAACGAAGGCGACACGGAAAAGAAGGUAGAAUCAGACGCGGCCGAAAACGAGAAGGAUACCAACACAGAGAAAGGAAAAAAGGAUGGCGCCGGGGACGCCACAGCAAUAGAAACAGCCGCAGUCGCCACCAGCUCCCCAACGGCUGCAUCAGACAAAGUUGUCGGCGUUGAAUCGCCAGACUCGGACGCGGCCAACAAAACGCUGGAGAACGGUAGCAACGACGAUACACUGAACGACAGCAAGGCCGCGGCGGACGACAGCAAUAAAAAGCCGAAAAGGGUAAAAAAGAAAUGGUCCUUCCGGUCGAUCUCGUUCAGCAAGAAGGACAAACAGAAGCCCGCCAAGAAGGAGAAAGCCGACGAAGAGAAGGUGAAUGGCGAGUGCGAGAAAGUUCCUGAAGAAGGGCCAGCUGAAGAUGCUGCUACCGCUGCGGCCCCAGCGGCGACUGACGAAAAGAAAACCGAAGCGGAAGUUGCCGCUGCCCCCGUGAAAUCUGUUGAAGAAUCUGUUGCUGAAGCUACCGUCGCAUCACCCGUCCAAGAGACUGCACCUGCCACCGCGGAAACCACGCCAGCCACCGAAACUGCUCCGGCUCAGAACGGCAAACCUGAAGAGAAGGAAACAGCAUCCGUUGUUGUGGAAGCCCCCGCUGUCGCUGCCGCCGCCGCCCCGGAAUCUGAGACAGUACCCGAGCCUGUAAAGGAAGCCGAACCAGCGCCGGUUGUCGUUGCAGAGAAGGUGGCCGAACCGGUAGCCGUUGUUGAGGUAAACAAAGCAAAUGAAGAACAGACCCAGUCGGCUGUCGUGCCGCCGGUGGAAACACCCGCCGCUAUUCAAACUGAAACCAAAUCCGAUAAUAUUGUUGUUGAACAAGAGAAACCAGUAUCCGUAGAGAGCGACAAACCGUCAGUGGAGGCGGCAGGUGCUCCGGCGGCGACGGAGGUUGCGCCGGAAGUAACCGAAGUCGUUGCCGUAGAGACCGCUUCUGCUGCACCGGUUGUUGUCGAAAGUGGUGAUAGCACGCCUCCACCUCCUCUGCCCUCCAAUCCCCCUCCCUCUCAGGUGAUGGCAUUCGUAGAAGCUUCCAUGUCCCAGGCCACUAGUGAACCCGAACCCGACUCCCUUAAUUCGAUCCCGGAAACGUCCUCGGUUGUCCUGCCGGAACAGGAAGGGGAACAGAAGAAGGCAGAAGAACAGGUCGUGGUAGAAGAACAAAAGAAGACAGAAGAAGUCCAGGUUGUUAGUCCAGUUGAGGCAGCCGUAGUUGCCAAACAGAAGCCAGCAGAAGAAAUUUGUGUAGCUCCAGUCGAAGAACCAGUUGUGGAGAAGGUCGAAACCAAGUCUGUUGAAGCCGCUCCUGUUGCUGCCGUAGUAGAGGAAAAGGUUGUUGAAAAAGUUGCUGAAAACGUAGAAGCCGCACCAAGUGUGACUGAAGUGAAGGAAGCAGCUACCGAAGCUGUGGAGCAAAUUUUGAACAAAGCUGUCGACAAGGUUGAAGUAGAGGCUGAAGCCAAGAUCGAGGAGCCACAGAAGCCUACCGAGGAGCCAAAGGUUGUCGAAUCAUCCCCAGUAGCAGCUGAAGCUCCAAAAGAGGAAGUAGUAUCUGAACCAAAAGAGGAAGCAGUGUCUAAACCGAAAGUGGAGCAGCCUGCACAGGUGGUAGCUGAACCAGCAGAGGAAAAGAAAGAAAUUGUUGUAGAGGCAGUUAUUCCGGAACCAGUUGCAGCGGAACCUACAGUAACGGAGCCAGCUGUUCCUGAACCAGUUGCCACAGAACCCGCUGCUUCAGAACCAGCCACCGCAGAGCCUGCUGCUCCUGAACCAGUCACCGUAGAACCCGCUGCUCCUGAACCAGUUGCCGCAGAGCCUGCAGCUCCUGAACCACUCCCAGUUGAGCCAGCCGUUCCAGAACCAGUAGCAGUUGCGGAAGCACCCGUUGUUGAGCCCGUUGUUGUCGCAGUAGAGGCUAAAGUAGAAGAAAGCAUCCCAGCCGUUUCAGAAGAGAAACCGAUUGAACCUGCACCAGUGAAGGAAUCUAUUCCGGAAGCUGAUGAAGUAAGCAACACAACCGACGAUCUGCCUCCACCACCACCACCAGCUACCGAUGAUGAACCGGUGCCAGAUUCACUUCCCUCUCCGUUGCCAACAAUCACCGCUGCCGCCCCAGGUGACGCGACUGCCGAUGAACAGAAUCUCUCCGUAGAUAUUUCCUCUCCACUCCCACAGAAUUCGCUUGAAUCGCUUCCAUCACCGCCUACUUUGUCCCAAAGUGACGCCAUGAGCUUACCUCCCCCGCCAGAAUCCCCUGCGGCCACCACACCUACUUCGUUGGAAUCUACCGAGCAAUCUCUUCCUGCUGCCCCCACGUCCGAACAAGCCGCAGAGGUUGUUGCUCCGGCUGUCACAGAACCAGAACCAGUCAAAGAACCGGCCCCAGUAGUAUCAGAGGAAAAACCAGUAGAAGCAGUCAAGGCGGAAACCGUGCCCGCGGCAGAAGUUACUGAAGUAGUGAUCCCAGCAGAGCAAACGACUAAGGAAGCACCUGUCUCGGAACCGGCGGCGGCGGCGGAAGAGGCAACAGAGAAAACAGAAAGCAAUAAGGAAGAAAAAGUUACUGAGCAAAAAGAACAGGAAGAGACUGCAGCGCCGGUAUCGGCACCAGCACAGCCAGUGCAGAAGCAGAAACCGGUGGAGGCAACAGAGCAGCUAGUAGUCAAAAAGCAGCAGAACGGAACCGCUACGGAGAAUGGCACAGUCGAGAACGGACAGAAUGGUGUGCACGAGACGUCCGCUACAGAGAGCCUGAAUGGCGACGGCGAUCACAAAAAGGAGGAAAAAAUUCCAGAGAAGGCAGCUCAGUUUCAGCAACCUGCGCCAGCAGAAAUCACAGCUGAAUAAAUUUAUUGAUUAUUAUUAAUGAUUAAUUAAAUAUAAUCGUAAAAUGAAACACUGUGGAGUAAUAAAGAAAAAGAGCAAAUAACAACUUCCGAUAGAAGUAGCAUCAGCAAGCAAAUACUACAUCAUUGUUUUAGGGUUGUUCAAAAAAAAAAAAAAAAGAAUGCUGACACAGUGAUUAAUGAUGCAUCCACACAAUUGACGACAGUCAAUUGACGACAGUGCAGAACAGAAACGAACACACCACAAAAAAAGCAUCAAAACUUUGCAGCGCAGAAGUAUAAGGGAUUUUUUUUUACAUAUUUUUAAAAUCUUUCAAGUUAUAUUAUAAUUAAUUUUAUAAAAAUAUUUAAAAACUUCAUAAACACAACAAUCAUUGCAAGACAAGAAUGCUAAAAAGAUUCAAUUGGUAAACGCGCCGAAACGGGAUGAGCAUGAACACAUACACCAUCGUGCGGUCGUCUUCGGAAUCCGGCAAAUCUUUUGUUUGAUAAAUUGUGAAGUUAAGGGAAAGGAAACCAGCAAACACUACAGGCAAAUUAUAGAUUUCGCAAACAAAAAAUCGGAAACACAGAAGUCGAUACCCUGGCUGCAAGCACGAAAUUUAUUGAUAAUUAUUACUGAAUGUCCAUAAAUGCAUUGUCCACUUUUUUCAUCAUGGAAAAAGAAAAACGUGAGCAAAUAAAAAAAUAUGAAUAAACAACAAUAAAAAAACUAAAAA